UUAUUGGAAUCCCUAACGUGUAAAAGCCUGUUUCAUCGUCAUGAUACUUUUUAUCGUUUAAUUUCACAAUUUAUAUAUUUUAUCAUUAACAAGAUCUAUCACUAGAGUUUGUUACGGUUCUAUUAAUAGUUUUGUUUGUUCAUAUAUAGUCGUUCAGGUUAAUUAAAAUAAUAUUAGUUUGUUAGUUGUUUUCUUAGUUUGUCUUAUUAAACCAGUGUUUUUAAUAAUAAUGAUUGAAUCGGUAAAAGAUACAUUCCUGUAUUUCGCCUAUGGCAGUAAUUUGUUGAAGAAAAGAAUUCAUAUAAACAAUCCCUCGGCUCAAUUUUUAGGAGUUGGUCGUUUGGAUGAUCAUCAGCUAGACUUUAUUAAAUAUUCCAACCACUGGAAAGGCACUUCAGCAACUAUAGUACCAACAACUGGUACUUCUGUUUGGGGUGCUAUAUGGAGAAUACAAAAUAAAGACAUGCCAGCACUAGAUAGGCAAGAAGGAGUAGAUACAAAUUGGUAUUUUCCAAAAACAGUAAAUAUUUUUACCUCAAAUGGAAAGACAGUGGAAUGCCGGACAUACCAACAAACAAUAAAUCCACCACCACGCAGUGAUAACGAAGAUAUACCUUCAGAUAGAAGACCUUCUAUAACCUACCUUGAAUGCAUCAUAAAUGGUGCUGUUGAAUGCAAACUUCCAGAAGAUUAUUUAAAAAAAUUAAAGAAAAUUCCACAUAACGGGCAAGAAGCUCCCGAAAUGAUUGCAAAAUUAAAAGGCCAAGAAAACUAACUUAUAUGACUUAAUUAUACCUGUGAUUUAUAAAUAUAUACGAUAGUUAAUAAAUUUACAAUGUUAUUAUUAUAAAA